AUUUCUACACUCUGCAGGGGAAAGAUGGCUGAUCGGGUCUCCUUGGGUUGUAUCCAUUCCCAGCAUAACCAAGAAUGUGGGGGCUGUGAGGACAGGGAAAUUCACCGCCCAGAAGACCACGCUGUCUUGUGUGUGUGUGACUUGUGGAGGAUGAGCAGUCCUCACAACAGGGGCCAGGACGCCUCAAUCCCAAGGUAACACCAUACAUGGGCCAGAGCUCAGUCAAGAGCAGGCACCAAGACGGGGAUCUGUGUCAAUUCAUGGGAUGGCUUUGCAGCACGAUGAAUACCAAGGGAGAGGCAGUGUGGACAAGGACGGCCCUGUGCCUGGAGGUCACAGUUGUCGCAGAGGGGCCACAUCCCUCCUCACAUGUGUGACAGAGUCUGUCAUCUGUGUCCCUCAAGAUCAUUCCCCUUGCAGCGCUGGCUUUGCUUUUUCGCUUGAACAUUUGAAACAAGUAUCUUCCUCAGGGCCUUUGCACUGGCCAUUCCCUCUGCCAGGCACACACUUCCCCCAUAUCCUGUGUCUAUGUCUCUGUCUUACAUGACGUCUGUGCUCCAAUGCCACCUGUGUACAGAAUUUGCCUAAAUGCCAUUAAAAUAGAAUGCCCUAUUUGCUCUCUGCUUUAUCCCUGUUUCCCAUUUCUUCACAGCACACCUCACCAUCAAAAAGGUGAGAGAAUCAAAAGAUAAUUGUAUCAAAAAGAUAAUUGUAUAAUUGUCUUCUUUGCUUACGUAUUUUUUCUCCAUUGCUGUAGGGAUUUUUGUUCUUCAGCACUCUAUACUCAUUGCCUAGGUAGUGCCUGAAACCUGGUCAGCACUCAAUUUUAUUCCUGAAUACUUGAAGCAUUUCUCAGGAAAAGUAUAAAAUACAUGAUUUCUUAGGAAAGAAGCUGAUUGACAAUAAAAAUAUAUCAGAUGUGGCAGCGAUGAUUCCCUAAAGGGGACCAUAUCCAUGCACAACAUAUUAAAAGGAAUUUCUGGACUGCAAAAUAAAAAAAAACAGUCACAUUUCAAUUUUGUGAGUUAUACAAAUUUGUGUUUUUUUAUUUCCCUCUUUCUCUGAGGUCACCUCCACCAGAUGGAACCAAGCAAUGAAACAAAAUUUUCAAAGUUUCUUCUUCUGGGAUUUUCAGAGGAACCAGAACUGCAGCCCCUCAUAUUUGGGCUUUUCCUCUCCAUGUACCUGAUCACUGUGUUUGGGAACCUGCUCAUCAUCUUGGCCAUCAGCACAGACCCCAACCUCCACACGCCCAUGUACUUCUUCCUGGCCAACCUGUCCUUUGUAGACAUCUGCUUCACCUCCACCACCGUCCCGAAGAUGCUGGUGAACAUCCAGACUCAGAGCAAAGUCAUAACCUAUGCAGGCUGUAUCACACAGAUUUAUUUUCUCAUACUCUUUGCUGUGAUGGACGUCUUCCUCCUGAGUGUGAUGGCCUAUGACCGGUUUGUGGCCAUCUGUCACCCCCUGCACUACACGAUCAUCGUGAACCCCCGGCUCUGUGGGCUGCUGGUUCUUGUGUCCUGGAUCAUGUGUGUCCUGCAUUCCCUGUUACAAAGUUUAAUGAUGUUGCGGCUGUCCUUCUGUACACACUUGCAUAUCCCCCACUUUUUUUGUGAACUUAAUCAGAUGCUCCAACUGGCCUGUUCUGAUACCUUUCUUAAUAACGUGGUGAUGUAUCUUGCAGCUGUCUUGUUGGCUGGUGGUCCCUUCAUUGGGAUCCUUUACUCUUACUCUAAGAUAGUUUCCUCCAUAUGUCGGAUCUCAUCAGCUCAGGGAAAGUGUAAAGCAUUUUCUACCUGUGCAUCUCAUCUAUCGGUUGUCUCCUUAUUUUAUUGUACGAUGCUCGGCGUGUACCUGAGCUCUGCUGCUACCCACAGCUCACGGUCAAGUGCCACAGCCUCGGUGAUGUACACGGUGGUCACGCCCAUGCUGAACCCCUUCAUCUACAGCUUGAGGAACAAAGACAUGAAAAGGGCUCUGAAAGCAUUCUUUGGGAAGGAGACCCUUACAUGGCCAAUCGUCAUGAGAUUGAAGAAGUGCCUAUGAUUGCAGGGGUCAAAGCCUCUGUGUCAGAGACUGUGGUCUUUAUUCAGACUGUAGAUGUAGUAUUCCUCUUUCCGUUUAUUUCCUUGUCCUCAACUUCCAUAUGCCAUGUAUGUAACUCACUCUAUGAAGCUCUGCUCUCUCUGAUAUCCUACAGAUUUUUCCCUUGUAUUUCCCACUUUCUGAAUUUUAUUUCCAACCACGGAUCUGAAAUAUUUGGAAAUGUUCAUUUACCUUGAGGCAACAUAGACAUUUUUAAAAAUAAUCUUUCUCAAACAAUUGUGUCACACCAAAUAAUUUUUCUUCCAUACGUGUUUUUUUAAUGCCACGUUUACCACUGGUUAGCUCUCUGUAUGUCUUAGGAUUGGUGGGCAGAAUUGGGUGGGUGAUGGGUGGGCUAAAUGGGCAAUGGGCAUUAGGGAGGGCACUUGUUGGGGUGAGCACUGGGGGUUGUAUGUAAGUGAUGAAUCACUAAAUUCUACUCCUGACACCAACACUACACUACAUGUUCACUAACUAGAAUUUAAAUAAAAACUUGAAACAAACAAACAAAAAGAACUGUCAUGAUUGAUACGCCACCUAUGGAAACAACCACACUUUAUGACAAAUAUAUAUGAUUUUAAAGGAGAACAAUAUCUGAGACUAUGUUUUUUCACUUAUAUGUCUGAAGGUCCUUUGUAUAUCAGUAUCUUAACUGCUCUUCUUAAUAGUGGACACUUAAUAUAUUAAUGUGUCUUCUAGAUCGGUUUUAUUCUCCUCAUUAGGAUCCUGGUCUCUUAGUACCUUGUUGUCCACAAUGUGUAUGAUAGUCACUACCUUACUCAAGCAUUCACCAAAUACGCGUCUCCAAAAGAAGUCUUCAUGGAACAACAAACUUAGAUAGAUUGACUUUAGAAUAUGAUCUUAGACUCUAGAUGCCCUUUAAUAUGAUGAAGCAAAGUUUUAUUUUAUUUUUUUUUUCAAUUUAAAUUUUAGUUAGUUAAUAUACCAUGCAAUAUUGGUUUCAGGAGUGAAUUCUGUGAUUCAUCACUUACGUACAACAUCUAGCGCCCAUCUCAACGAAGCAAAGUUUUAAAUCGCACAUUGUGCUCUUUAAAAUAUUUAUUCUUCAUGCUGUACGGCUAUUCAUUGGAGUAUGGAGGAUUGGUGGCCAUGUGUAAGGCGGCUUAUCCAAAUGGGGGAAGGACUGAUUGACAUUUUUCUACUUUUAUUGAAUUAUCUCCUUGUUUCUUCCUGAAAUCUUUACGCUGCCUUUGGUAUGACUCCUUUCAUUGUUGUAAAAGAAAUAUAUCCCCCUUCCUUCUAAAUUUUGUCAUAACCAUGAAAGGGGUGUCAAAUGGUCAUUACCCUCCAUUAUACAUGUUUCUCAGGCUCAGGAUUCUAUUCACCUUCUAUGCUCAAGGGAUGACAUAAGAGGGAGCUUGCAUUCCUGUCUGGUCAUGUGAAUCAGGGACACCAGUUUUCCAACACAAUAAUGCAUACAUUUUCAAUCUUUCCUGGCUAUGGGGAAAAGAACCUCAAUGAG